GCUCUCUUCGCGCGCCUGCCGGAAGUCGCGAGACUGAAUGAGUGCGGCGCCCGCUUCCGCGACGGCUCUUUCCACGGGACGCUCGGUCGGCACUGGGCUGCGAGGCUCGUGAGCCGCUGGCCGCCAGGUUCAUGUGGAGGCUCCCGGGAGCCCGCGCCGCUCUUCUUGGGAUCCGCACGGCGGUGGAGCAGUGCAGCCGGGCGGAGGCGGCGGCGGCGGGCACGAUGGAGCGCGCUGUCGUGCGCUGUGUGCCCUCGGAGCCGAAACUCAGCCUGUCGUUCGCGCUGGCCGACGGCAGCCACAAGAACAUGCAGCGUGACCAGAGCGAGCCGCUGGGUCGGGCGCUCAGCCGGAUUGCCACCAACGCCCUCAAGGGCCACGCAAAAGCGGCGGCCAAGAAGAGCAAGAAGAACCGGGCCAACGCGAGCGGCGGCGGGCCCUGCGCCGGGGCCGGGCCUGGUCCCGAGCCGGCGGCUGCUUGUGAGCCGGUCGUGAAGCUGUACUACCGGGAGGAGCCGGUGGCCGACGAUGUGCUCAACGUGGACGCCUGGCAGGACGGCGCGGUGCUGCAGAUCGGCGAUGUCAAGUACAAGGUGGAGCGCAACCCGCCCACCUUCACGGAGCUGCAGCUGCCGCGCUACAUCAUGGCGGGCUUCCCGGUGUGCCCCAAACUCAGCCUGGAGUUUGGGGAUCACGCCAGCUCUGUUUUCCGCUGGUACCGGCAAGCCAGGCCCGAGGCGGCGGAAUCCGAGGUUGGGGGACCCUCGUCCCUGUCCCGCCCACCGCCCUCGCCCGGCUGGACCGAGACGGGUGUCAACGAGCGCGUCUACACCCCGUCCAAUGCGGACGUCGGCCUGCGGCUCAAGCUUCACUGCACCCCAGGCGACGGGCAGCGCGUGGGGACGAGCAGGGAGCUGGAGAGCGGUCCCGUGGAGGCCGGGCCGGGCACCUGCACCUUCGACCACCGGCAUCUCUACACCAAGCGAGUGAGCGGCGACGAGCUGAUCCGCGCCGUCUCCUACAACCUCUUGGCCGACACGUACGCCCAGACCGAGUUCUCGAGGACGGUCCUGUAUCCGUACUGUGCGCCCUACGCCCUAGAGCUCGACUACCGCCAGAACCUCAUCCAGAAGGAGCUGACGGGCUACAACGCAGACCUCAUCUGCCUGCAGGAGGUGGACCGCUGCGUGUUCACCGACAGCCUGGUGCCGGCUCUCGAGGCCUUUGGGCUGGAGGGCGUGUUCCGAAUCAAGCAGCACGAAGGCCUCGCCACUUUCUACCGCACGUCCAAGUUCCGCCUACUUAGCCAGCACGACAUUUCUUUCCACGAAGCCCUGGCGUCGGACGCGCUUCACAAAGAGCUGCUGGAGAAACUCGGUUUGAACCCAUUGGCGCAGGAGAAGGUGCUCCAGAGAUCCUCUGUCCUUCAGGUUUCUGUUCUUCAGUCUACGAAAGAUUCUUCUAAAAAGAUAUGUGUUGCUAAUACCCAUCUCUACUGGCAUCCCAAAGGUGGGUACAUUCGUCUCAUCCAAAUGGCAGUAGCCUUGGCUCACAUUAGACAUGUCUCCUGUGAUCUGUAUCCUGGUCUACCAGUUAUAUUUUGUGGUGACUUUAAUAGUACCCCAUCAACAGGAAUGUAUCAGUUUGCUAUCAGUGGCAACAUUUCAGAGGAUCAUGAAGACUGGAUUUCCAAUGGGGAAGAAGAACGAUGCAACAUGUCUCUUAACCAUUUUUUCAAACUGAAAAGUGCUUGUGGCGAACCUGCUUACACAAAUUAUGUUGGUGGCUUUCAUGGAUGUCUGGAUUACAUCUUCAUUGACUUGAAUGCUUUAGAGGUUGAACAAGUGAUUCCAUUACCUAGUCAUGAAGAAGUUACUACCCACCAGGCCUUACCUAGUGUUUCCCAUCCUUCUGAUCACAUAGCACUUGUGUGUGAUUUAAAAUGGAAAUCAAUGUCUGUUUGAGAUUUAUGUCUACUUUAGUAGGAAAGUUAAUACGAAUCAAAAUAUACAUGUAACCUUCAAAAAGGAAAACUAGACACAAUGGUAAAAUGUUCUUACCCACUAGUUAAUGUCCCAGUGUCUUCAUUACGAUUGUUCAUGAUGUUUGGAUAAUAUAGUUUCUCCACCCUUUUUUUCUACACUUGGAAGAAAAACAUAUAUUUAUGCUAGUAGGAAGAAAGUUGAAUUAAAAUUUUUGAAUGUUUUAUAAGUACUUUUUUAAAGCUAGUAAUUAAGAAUUUUCAAAGUGCCAGUUGAAUGAUCCUGUAAUUUUUCUACCAUAACAUGUUUCAGAUUGAAUUGUGUUUAUAUAAUAGAGGAGGUACACAGAAAUUAAGGUGCAAGAGGUCUAAGUUCUCAUACAUGGAGAGAAUAAACAGUAGUGUCUAUCUCUACCUCA